AUGAUUAAUGAUUUAACAACUUACUAUAAAAUAUAUCAGCAACAAUAUGCUAAAUUACACAAGGAAACAAUCAAAAUGAAGUGUGAUUUUGUGAUCAAUACUCAGUUUAAGGGUUUUUGUCUAUUAUGUGGAGUGCUUUGUACUGAAAAAGUAUGUCAAAAAUGUAACAAGUACAAUUUAACACAGGCAGAACUGUGUGUUAUCAAUAGAAAUGACAAAUUUGAUGAAGAAAUUGCUCAAAUUGAUGAUGCCAAUAUGGAAAAUAGAAGAUACUAUUCAUACGGGUUUGAUCAUUUAGGAAGUAAGUAUAAUGCAUUUGAUGUCUGCAAAUUGUACAAUAAGAGCAUGGUAGUAUGCUCAUACGUAUUAGACUGGUUGUUUACUGCUGAUACCAUUGAAUCAGAAGAAUUAUUUGAUAACAGCAAUAUUGAAAGCAUAUACAAUUACACGUUGCUUGAUAAGAACAAUGCCUACAAUUUCAGUACAACAAUGGAUCCAAUCAAAUUCAGAAUAUCAUUCAAUAAGAUGAGAAUUCUGAAUAGUGAUUUACAUCAAAUAUUCAUUAACUACAAGAAUAGAGUACAACGGGAACAGAACAUCACCUUCUAUCAAAAUAGGAUUAAAUACAAAAUUAAGAUGAUAAAUGAACAGAUUGAUCAGAACAUAAACAACCUGAAUAAGGCAAUUGAAAACAAUCAAAUUGAUGAUGCAAGGGAAUUCAUGAAAAUUAACGAGAAAUUGACUGAAUUCAAAAAAGACCUGCAGCUCAAACAAAAUAACCUUGGAUGA